UGAAACGUUUGCACUUCCCGCCCGCAUUCGCGUCUUUCGAGUUGUGUUGUCUGUCAAACAAAAAUAUUUUCCAUUUUUUAUACAAUUCUGUUUAUCAAUCUCCUAUGAAAUUGUUAAUUUAUUUUUAUCAUAAUGUAAUGCACAAGUUAUCUUGUAUGUGUGUAAAAUUAUAAAGUGACUUUAAAGUGGAUUUUGAUGAAGAUGAUCAAGCCGUGUUAGUUAGUUGAGUGGAGUCAAGUGGCCGUCGCAUAGAAAGGAUUUUAUUUUUAAAAUGCUGCCUUCUAUGCCAAUUUUGUUUUCCAGAGAGAGUCAAGAUGCGUUUGGGAAUAAAAUAGAAUCUAGUAAAACUUUGUUAACUAACAAUACAAUUCCUAAUUCCGAUAAAAAACAAGAGACUCAAACUUUAACUCAUGAAGGUCAGGAAAGUGAACCAACUCCUAAGGAAUUAAAACUCAAUGGUGACAGACACAGAAAAGAAGAUCCAAAUAAAUCAAAACUUGAUGAGAAUGCAUUAGAAACAGCAUUAGUUCGAUCUUACUAUACAAAAGUUAAGUCAAGAUUCCCCACAAAUGUAUCACUGCCAACAAAUAAGUUUGCCCAGUUUAGAGAUUUGUUAAAAUCCUUUGACCCUGGGAAGGAAACACCAGUAGACUUGUAUAGAAAAGUGGAACUAUUAUUUGGUGAGGAACAUAAGGACAUUGUUGAAGAGUUCUUGUUAUUUUUAAAACCGGGCCAGGCUGCGGAGGUUGGGAGGUUUAUGGACCAUUUUAUGCUAACACAAAUGACUAGUUUUAUAAAAUUAUUACAGACAACUUUUGCACGCAAACCAUCAGUUUAUCGCAAGAUUCUGAGAGCAAUAACAACAAGCAUCAAUAAUGGAACGAGCCAAGAAUUAAAGACAAGAGUGCUGCCACAUUUGAGAACAAAUCCAAAACUGUCACAGAUGUUCAAAUCUAUGUUUCCUGAUGAAAGGCCAUUGGACAGUGCUUACGAUGCUAGUACCGACAUUAUAAACGAGAACUUUCUAGAAUGUGACGAAGGGUACGACGUGUGGGAGUUCGAAGCAGAGAAUAAGAAGAAAAAGAUAGAUGUGAAAGAAGGUCUUGAUUCAGUGUACCUUCAUGGGCGGGUGUUUAUACAACACGGUAGGUUGUUAAGAUCAGCAAGUGUUACUUAUCCAUACAGCAAAGAGCCCUAUCGAGUGCACGCGAGACGAGUGGCGCCUAACACUUGCCUCUCACCACAAGACUCGGACGAAGAAAGAGCUACAAAAAGAAAUAGCAAAACCAAUUGCAAAGUGCCCCCAAAAAGAUCUAGAAAACAGACGAAAUCGCCGACGAAAACUGUCAAAGAUGUCAACGAUAACACAAAAAAAGAUCUCAAACAGGCAUUAAGUAAAGUGAAAGGAAAAGUUGCUUCUAAAACGAGGUGCAAAACUGAGGACAAUAUUAAAAAGAAUAAAAUAGACGUAAAAGAGGUGAAUGUGUGUGGAAAGAAAGAAGAUUUGUCAAAGGCAAAGCCAAAGGAUGCUAAAAAGGCACGAAAUUGGACUCGAGAGGAAGAUAAGACUAUGUUAGAAGUUUUGAAGGGCGAAGGUGGUUCUGAUAAGGUGCUCAUACGCAUAUGCAAACUGCUGCCGCAUCGCUCUGAGAGCGAAGUCAAGGAAAGGUUUUGCCAUGUUAUGAACUUGUUACAACAAAUGGCAGUUAAUGAAGUGACGUAGUGCGAACAGAAUUUAUUAGUUAUAAGCAAUGGUAUUUAUAAUUUUAUAAAAAUAAAAGUUUAU